AUGGUGUCAGUGCUAUUAGCCGCUGGCACUGCCAGGGGAAUUGCGGCUUUCAUUGAAACACCACCGGUGAACGAGGCGGUCUCGGGAGUCUUUGGGAGCAUCAGUCUGACCGCAUGGAUCUGUUUAUUGCUCCCACAGCUUAUAACAAACUACAAGACCAAGAGCGCCGAGGGCUUAUCUAUGGCCUUCCUCAUAGUCUGGCUGUUGGGAGAUGUAGCCAAUUUGCUAGGCGCCCUUGCGACCAGACUUGCCCCGACGGCCGUUGCACUCGCCGUGUACUUUUGCUUCGCCGAUGUCGUCCUGAUCACCCAAUGCGUUUACUAUAAUGCACUCAACGCCCGCCGCGAAGCUCGCUUGAACGGGAACGGGCACGCCGAGACACAAAAUGCAGACUCGAGGGCUGUCGAGGACGAACCGGACGAGGAGGAACCGCUGCUCAGUCGGCGACGCAGGUCCAGCUUGGCAGGUCUGCCGGGCUCGCAGAGACGCCACUCGUCCAUGGCACGCGACGUCUCCAACCUCGAUCCGCUGGCUCGAUGCAUCACGGGCGAAGACGAAACCCCAGACCCGCACCCUUGGCUGCACAACGCCCUGAGCCUGAUAGCGGUCUACGUAGUUGGAACGGCCGGGUUCUUUGUGUCGUACGGCAUGGGCGCAUGGGGCGAUCACACAGACGUUCCAGAUGUCCCUGAGGCGGGGGAUGCGGUGACAGCAUUUGGACUGACCAUGGGAUACCUGAGCGCUGCGCUUUAUUUGCUGGCGAGACUACCACAAAUUUACAAGAACUACAAGGAGAAGUCGUGCGAAGGUCUUGCCUUGCUUUUCUUCAUGCUCUCCCUCACGGGCAACUUGACCUAUGGCGUUAGUCUGGUCGCAUACUCCCAAGAGAAAAGCUAUAUUGUCAAGACAAUACCGUGGCUGCUAGGAUCGCUUGGAACAAUUGUUGAAGACAUUGUCAUCUUCUUCCAGUUCCGCCUCUACAGCAGCCCCAAAGAGUCUUCAAAAACGUCCGAUGGAAAUGAAAUCGCGCCUUAA